AUGAGCGAACAACUGAAAUUUAUUGUUGAACAACUCAACAAGGAACCAUUCAAGAAGAACUUCAACCUUGUGAUGUUUGACUCUCUGGAACCGAUACAGCUUCUCCAGAUUUUAAAUGACGUUCUCGCGGAAAUAGAUCCAAAACAAAGCAUAGACAUCCGAGAGGAAAUGCCCGAACAAACUGUCAAAAGAAUGACUUCACUGCUUGGGAUGCUGAAAUACAAACUUCAAGACAACAUGUCUGAUGUGAAGAGCUUUCAGCAGGGCCUGGUCACUGGGAGUAAAUCGGUUAUUCAUCCCAUCCUUUACUGGCUGUUGCAGAGGGUCCCUGACCUGAAGAAGAGGGCUUACUUAGCCCGUUUUUUGGUAAAGCUUGAAGUGCCUGCAGAGUUUUUGCAUGAUGACAUCGUCAGCGACACUUACCACCAGUAUGAAGAGCUGGUGGAAGGGUUCAAGAUGUAUCAUAAGGAAUGUGAGCAGCUGAGGUCGUCCGGCUUCUCUACAGCAGAAAUCCGAAGGGAUAUUAGUGCCAUGGAGGAAGAGAAAGAUCAACUAAUCAAACGAGUGGAGCGGCUGAAGAAGAGGGUGGAGUCAGUGUCCAACCAUCAGUGGAUGCUGAAGCAGGCCCGGCAGCUGCGGAUGGAGAAGGAAAGAGAGGAGUCUUUGGCCCAGCAGAAGCAACAACAAAAAAAUCAGCUGUUUCAGGCAGAGCAGAGAGUGCUGAGGUCCCAGCAGCAGCUGAAGGAUAUGCGCCAAUCGGCCACAGAUGCAAAUCCAGAGAGCCUAACCAGAAGACUUGAAGAGGAGAUCAAGAUCAACACUUACAUGGUCACUGAGAAACUUCCCAAAGAGCUGGAGAGUUUGAGGCGCACCGUGCAGUACCUGCAGAAAGUGGCAUCAGAGCCUGCAAUGGGCCAGGCCAACAUCCGGGAGCUGGAGGACAGGAUCAAAGACGUGGACUCUCAGAUUAACCUGCUGAUUGAGAAGAAGAUGUUGAGGAAUGACCCCAUAGAUGACAAACUGACCCUUUACAGACAACAGGCCUCCAUUAUCAGCCGAAAGAAGGAGUCAAAGGCAGAGGAGCUCCAGGAAGCGAGGGAGGCGCUGGCCACAGCAGAGAAGGAGAUGAAACAGAGGCACAGCCAGUCGUCACCAGAGGAGGAGGUCAUUCGAGGCGACGAGCUGAAACGCUUGGUGGCAAAACUCCGCAGCAAAGGAACUGCUUACAAGAAAAAACGUCAGGAACUUUCGGAGCUGAACGCUGAGUAUGGAGUUCUGCAACGGACGGAGGAGAUCCUCAGACAGAAGCACGAGGCAGUCCAGGAGAAGCUGGAAGCUGUGGAAGAUGAGAAGGGCAUCUCUGGCUACAGCAACACCCAAGAAGAGCUGGAGAGGGUCUCUGCCAUCAAGACAGAGUUGGAUGAGAAGAAGGGGCGCACGCUGGACGACAUGUCUGAAAUGGUGAAGAGGUUAAACGCAUUGAUUGUUGAGAAGAAGUCUGCUCUUGCCCCCAUCAUAAAAGAGCUGAGGUCACUGAGACAGCGCCGGGAGGAACUGAGCCAAGAGUACGGGGAAAAGAAAACGCAAUAUGAAAGCUGCGCUGCUGGUUUGGAGAGUAACCGAUCCCAACUUGAGCAGGAGGUGAAAGCAUUAAGAGAGGAGAUGGCCCAAAAAGAAAACCAGUAUCAUUACAUCAACUCCAUGUCUGAGAUCAUUGAGAUGCAAAUGCAGCAGGCAGCUGAAGAGAUGAAGGCCUACAUCUCCCCUGAUCCUCAAGAAAAGAAGAAGACCAUCAGGGAAUUGUACAUGAAGAGCAUUGCAGAACAGGAGUUGCUUGGCAAGAAGUUGCGUGAGGAGCAAAAAAUGGUCAAAGAGAACCACGGCGCCAACAUGGAGCAGAUGAAGAUGUGGCGUGACCUGGAGCAGCUGAUGGAGUGCAAAGCGAGGUGCUUUAUAAAAGCACAGAACCAGGGCAGCGUGGGACGCGUUAUUCAGGAUGAGGCCAAGGACAUGCUGGUGCUGUGAGGGUAAUCAUCCCCAAAACCGUGUGUUUUCUCCAGCAAAGUAAAAGCUAUUGUUCCAGACCUGCCAGUGGCAAUGUCAUUUCCACUGGAUUUUCCCUUAUAGUGUAUGUUUGGUGAAAAGCAGGCCCAUCUGCUCUCGUAGUGACCACCACACACAAACACAUAGAGGAGUUUCAGGUUUCCACAGAAGCUUUGGUUUUACCAACUUUAGGAAUGCUCUGGACGCUUUAAAUCAAAGUGGCCAAAGAUAAAAGCGGACAAAGUAGUUCUCGUGGGACGGGGCUCCGGCCAACUAGUGUUUACAACAAAAAACUAGACCUCGAAUUGGGGUGUUGGCAGUUCAUUUUGAGAUUUCUGAGACCCUCAGACUCGUGUUAAACCUUUAUUUUAUGUCCAUUAACAGUUCUUUUAUGAAAGUAAUAUCUGGAUUCUAUAUUGUAAAAUGAAUUAAUAUUGUUCAUGGGAUAUCCAUGUUUUCCACUAAAAAUUGCAAACUAAAGACUUCAGAGUUUUUUAUUCAUGCAAAUAUCUUGUAGUGUGAAAUUUAGGCAGAAAUUGAAAGCUGCAUCAUACAAUACUUAGUGUGUACGUGAAUCUUAUUAACUUUUGUAAUUUUCAUAGUAGACUUGUGUCAACACAGACAUCGUCUGAGUGUCUCAGGUUCAUCCUGACUGAUGAUGCUUCAAGACGCCAGCCUGCAUCCAAAUCAACUUAAUCUGCUGUUGACAGCCAAGACUCAUGGUUCUCGUGCCAGGCAGAUCAAGUGUGCGCCGUGACAGACAGUGCACGCUUGACACCAUGGACUCCCACGAGCAACGUCACUGUCACAGCCCCUUCUACGCCUUUAGGUCCUACUACGACAUGCUAACACACGAUGUCAGUUCUUGCAGUUCAGGUGACAUGGAUGUACCCUUAAGACCUCAGAUGAGGUCUGAGUAUUUACACAGUGCAUUUCCUAUUCCACUGCCUUUGUAUUUGUUCUGGAAAUGAGUUUGAUGAAUCAUUUGUAGUCUUGACUAAUUUAUUAUCGCGCAGCUCUGCUUGUAUCUUUGCUCCUUGCUGCAGUGUACAUCAACUGCAUGAAUGUCUGACGAGCCUGAGAAAAUGUAUGAUCCAUCUUUUUCUGGUCCCUGCAUCAGUGUGUAUUCAAGGUUCAUGGUCAGGUUUAAAGUACUAAUUGAAAGGACAUUUAGGUGUCCACUGGCUUUAAAUAAAUGUACACAGCAGUGCUACAGACAAGUAAAAAAAAACCUGUCUACACAAACAACCAAAUACAUUUUUUUUAUUAAAUUGACUAAAGUCACUCAAUAUUUGCACAGAGAGGGCGAGCUGAGGAAUUUGAACAUUUACUUCUUUGGUGUUGCGCCGGUUUACUUUAUUAAAUGGUAGCGUGUGCAGGGACUGUUAGUGAAGAUCACUUCUUAGGCAUUUACUGUGAUCUGAUGUAAUCUGGCUCAGUCUCCCAAAAGUCUCUGUUACAUCUAAAGGUUUAAUCAUUACAACUACUUCCUGUUAGUUUUAGCUCCUCAGUGUUUUCCAACUCCUUUCUUUCACAUUUUCUCGGUUCACUUUCUUGUGUACUGUUGUGUUUUCUUGUCAUGAUUCAUUUUUGUGAUGUUUUGUGAAGUACAGGUUCUGUUCUUUGUUUUUUGGAAAGACUUACUUGGUUUGUAAAUAAAUAGUUUGAGCUUUUCCCACAAUGUCA